AUGCUAAUCGAUAACGAGUCUCAAUGUGUCAUCAUUAGUGGUGAAAGUGGUGCCGGUAAAACCGUUGCUGCUAAAUACAUCAUGAGCUACAUCUCACGGAUCUCAGGAGGCGGACCUAAGGUUCAGCACGUCAAAGACGUAAUCCUGCAAUCGAAUCCGCUUCUGGAAGCGUUUGGAAACAGCGCCACAGUCCGCAACUGGAAUUCAUCGCGUUUCGGCAAGUAUGUGCAGAUAGUGUUUGGCCGUGGAGGAGAGCCAGUUGGCGGGAAGCAUGCCAUGAAAGUUGUAGGCAUCAGUGAGGAAAUACAACUGGAAAUCUUGAAGAUCGUUUCUGCUGUACUGCACAUCGGAAACAUCACUUUCGUCGAGGAGAGGAACUUCGCCGCUAUCGAAGCACCAGACUUUUUGCAAUUUCCCGCCUUUCUUCUUGGUCUUUCUACAGAAGCGAUUCAGCAGAAGCUCACUGCACGAAUGAUGGAAAGCAAAUGGGGUACGAAAACGGAACGAAUAGACGUCACCUUGAACGUGGAACAAGCGAACUACACUCGAGAUGCGUGGGUGAAAGCGCUGCAUUCACGACUCUUUGAUUACCUAGUGGCUGCUGUGAACGAUGCUAUAGAAGUUGCCGCUGACCAGGAUACAGGUCUUUCUGUCGGAAUUCUGGACAUCUAUGGUUUCGAAAUCUUCGAAAACAACGGCUUCGAGCAAUUCUGUAUCAACUUUGUCAACGAGAAGCUGCAACAAAUCUUUAUCGAACUCACCCUCAAAGCCGAACAAGAGGAAUAUGUCCGUGAAAAGAUUCGCUGGCAAGAAAUCGAAUACUUCAAUAACAAAGUUGUUUGUGAUCUAAUCGAGGCAAAGCGACCACCUGGCAUCAUGUGCAUAUUGGACGAUGUAUGUGCACAAAAUCAUGGGCAAUCUGAAGGAGUCGACGCCCAGUUGCUGAGCAGUCUCAACAAAACCUUCAUUCAACAUCCGCACUAUCAAAGCGGAGCUGAAUGCUUUUUGGUGAAACACUACGCGGGUGAUGUGAGUGCAAUCGUCUACGUAAUAAGCAAACUGAUUCCCACAUAUGACGCUCAUAAGUCUGGGUUGAAUAAACGCGAUUUGCCGGUGCUGUGA